UGGCUCGGGAGCAGCGGGAAGGGGAGGGGCCCUCGGCGGGGCCGGCAAGCACGCGGGUCACGUGGUGCCGGUGGCAGCGGCAGAAUCGGUGCGCGCGGGCAGGGGCGGCUCGGCGCCGAGCAAGCGGAGGCGAGGUCCCGGGUGGGCGCGGGGCGCAGGGGAGGCACGGCCGGGUGGCUGGUCGGGCGGGUAGGCGGACGGCGCCGAGGGGCGAGGCCCGGCUGCAGGGGCCGCUUGGCCCAGAGGGAGCCCGCGCCCGGCUCAGCCUUGCAGCCCCGCGUCCUGAGCAUCUCCCAGAGGACCCGAGACAAAGGAGGAUUCAUGUCCAAAGGGCUCCCAGAGGCCAGGACGGACACAGCUAUGUCAGAGCUGGUACCCGAGCCCAGGCCUAAGCCGGCGGUGCCCAUGAAGCCGGUCAGCAUCAACUCCAACCUGCUAGGCUACAUCGGCAUCGACACCAUCAUCGAACAGAUGCGCAAGAAAACUAUGAAGACUGGUUUUGACUUCAACAUCAUGGUCGUUGGCCAGAGUGGACUGGGCAAGUCGACGCUGGUCAACACACUCUUCAAGUCCCAAGUGAGCCGAAAGGCCUCCAGCUGGAACCGGGAGGAGAAGAUCCCUAAGACAGUAGAGAUCAAAGCCAUUGGGCAUGUGAUAGAGGAAGGUGGUGUCAAAAUGAAGCUGACAGUCAUUGACACGCCAGGCUUUGGGGACCAGAUCAACAACGAAAACUGCUGGGAGCCCAUUGAGAAAUACAUCAAUGAGCAGUAUGAGAAGUUCCUGAAGGAAGAGGUGAACAUUGCCAGGAAGAAACGCAUCCCUGACACCCGUGUCCACUGCUGCCUUUACUUCAUCUCCCCCACAGGACACUCCUUACGACCGCUUGAUCUUGAGUUCAUGAAACACCUCAGCAAAGUGGUGAACAUCAUCCCGGUCAUUGCCAAGGCUGACACCAUGACCCUGGAGGAGAAGUCUGAAUUCAAGCAGAGGGUUCGCAAAGAGCUUGAAGUGAACGGCAUUGAGUUCUACCCUCAGAAAGAGUUUGAUGAGGACUUGGAGGACAAGACAGAGAAUGACAAAAUCAGGGAGAGCAUGCCCUUCGCUGUGGUGGGGAGUGACAAGGAGUACCAAGUGAAUGGCAAGAGGGUCCUCGGCAGAAAAACCCCGUGGGGGAUCAUUGAAGUGGAAAACCUCCACCACUGUGAGUUUGCCCUGCUUCGAGACUUCGUCAUCAGGACUCAUCUCCAGGACCUCAAAGAAGUCACCCACAACAUCCAUUAUGAGACUUACAGGGCCAAGAGGCUCAAUGACAACGGAGGCCUCCCUCCGAACAAAAAGCUGUGCGCCUCACUCAAGAGGUCUGGGGAAGGUUUUAUUUUAAAAUGCUGGGAGCAGGUGAGCCACAGGCAACCCUUUCUUUCUUCUGACCCACCCACAAACUGAGGCUACAAGUGUUCUUCACGGACAGGUGGCUGAGUUAGCCCAUGGUGGGGUGCGGGGGUUUGGAACAACCUUCGCUGUAAGUUGAGGUGGCCUGGACUUCUUGACAGAGGAAAGAAAGGUCAUGGGGAACAGGGAAGAAUGCUGGGGGGGGGCAGUUCCUGCAGAAUUAGUGCCUGGAAAUGGAGCUCCACCCUUGGGUCUACGUCAAGGCCACAAUCAACACCACCACCAUGCUGCAGACCACUGCUUUCUAUGCUCGCCUUGCCCAUGUUUGCAGCCUGGCUGGUUGUCUCCUCUUCCCGAUCUCCCACUCCGCCUCCUUUGCCUCCUUUCUUCAUAAAUUCCUACCUCCUCCAUCUCUCCUGCCUGUCUCUGACCUUUCACUUCCUUUUAGAGUAAUCUGUUAGCUUCAUUUCCAUAUUUAGAAAUCAUGCCCAGCCUACUUCCUAAAUUGACAUUCUGUCGCCCUAAAAUAAGGUUACAGCUAGAGGCUGAAGAGAUGCCUCUGUGCUUAAGAGCAACUUCCGCUCUUGCAGAGGACCCAGGUUCGGUUCCCAGUACCUACCUGGCAGCUCACGACUGCACUGAGUGACUCCAGCUGCAGAAGCUCAGACGCCCUCUUUUAACCUCCACAAGCCUGGCAUAUAGAUACAAACGUGGAGACGAACUCUUAUAUGCAUAAGAUAAAAAAUCAAUAAAUAUUCAAAAAAUAAAGUCACAAGUAAAAGCAUGGGACGAUACACACUGAGAUGGCCAGAGAAAUCAGAGCUAUAGGGAAGAGAGGAGCCAAUUUCUGCAGCUGAGCACUGAAAUCUGCCCUGAACUCGGGAGUAGCCUAGGGAAAAGGGGAACUUGGCUGCCUGCUCCGUGUUCUGUUCAAGGAAACAAACACUGGUCAAGUGAGGCAGCAGCUUUUGGGUGGAGGACAUGACAUUUUUUUAAAACUAAUUUUGAAGCACCAGAAACAAUAUAUAGAAUUUUUUAGGGACCCAGGGCUUCAGAGACAAAUUCUAGGACACAGUUCCCUUUCUCUAGAUCCUUCUAUGUUAAGAUGGCUUUUCUGUGGCUUCGCCUCAUGUAAACCUCACUUCUGUUCGCAUUUGUCUGUCUUCCUUUGCUUCUCCCUCUCCUCCCGACCCAGUUUCCCCGUCUUCCGAUCCUCUAGAUACUCCCAGGAACAUCCAUAACCAUACAUUUAGCUUUCUCUUGCCCUUUUCCGGAGCCCUGUAGUUACGCACAUGUCCACUGCUCCUUGCACACAACAAGUUCUUCUUCCCGUGGUUUCUAAGGCUGCUUUAAGGAAAACAGCUUAGCCUUAGGAAAGGGAAGAGACUAGGGAUUCUGUUUACCACUGCUCUUAUGUGCUAUCCCAUCUCCUGGUCCAGCCUGGGUAUUUGACUGGUCCUCACUGAAUGCCACCGUUUAGAGUCACAGUCCUUUAUCACUCAGGCGCUAGGAGAAACAAAAGAGAUGGAUCCCAUGAUUCAGUGGACCAAGUGAAGGAGGAGGGAAUGAUCAGAUCAUGUGACCCCAGUCCUAUGGUCUUAGCCUUUCCUUAGCUCUACCUAUCUAGCCCUCAUUCCUCAUCUCAUUUUCCCGUAAGUUACUCCAAAGUCGGCACCUGUCAGCUAGAGCGGGAGCAGUGUUCUGGAGCUCCGUGGCUACUCCAGUGAGGUCACCUAGGGCCAGCAGGGAUCAGGAGGGUGGGCACUGGAUAGUUGGAUAGGCGAAGUAGCAGAAUGGUGCCUGACCCCUCGUUAAGCUAUGGAUGGUUUCGCUCUCCCUGGAGAAGCUGUUUUGAUGUGCUUAUUGCAAGCUGCUGGUCUCCACGCCCUCAACCGUUCUCAACUCCCCUUGCAGGGAGAAGGCCUCCUGGGCACUGUCCUUCCACCUGUGCCAGCUACCCCCUGUCCCACUGCUGAAUGAAGGCCAUUUCAAGCGCUGCUUCUCCCUCAUUCCUUCCAGCUGCUCUUGCUGCAGGGCCAAGCCCCCUUUAAUGCUGUGCUUGUCCAGCCCGCCACCACAACCCCUCUCAGCCCUCAGCAGGUGGGAGGGGCCGGCUGCCUCUUUAGGACCAGUAGCUUCCUCCAUUUAGCCAAACAACUCCUCUCCUCCUACUGGAACGGAGUUCCUGCCAGCCAGCAUUGCCCUGCUCCAUCGUCUGUCAGCAGCCCCAGCCCAUGUGUAGAGAGAAGGAACUCAUCGAGAGCUUCUCCUGCCCUUGCAAGCCCAUUCCAGCGACUUGUAACCAUCUCCAAGGGAACCGGCAUUGCUCCCUAGCCAUUCAUCUGCAUGAGUACUCUUCUUGGCUCCCUUAAACGGUCAAGAAAGCGAUUUUUUUCUGCUUGUCAGUCAUUGAGGUCAGCUGUGUGAGCCCCCAUGUGGGACAAGGGUGUCUCCUUCAUUGCUUAAAGGUAUAAGGGUGAUUCAUUACAGAGAUUGGGGAGCAAGAGGGCUAGCGUCACUUAAAUCACCACUGGUGUCUGGCCCAGUGUGUGUAUAUGUGUGUGUGCGUGCGUAUGUGCGUGUGUGUGUGUGUAGACAACCUCUUUACCCGCCCCCCCCCCAAAUGUGGCCAUUUGGGAAGUGAUUUUCCUGAAAAGAAGUUGCUGGGUUUGACUUCCUAUUCCCCAAACAACAACAAGGCGGGGGGGAGUGAAUUAAACACACACAUGAACCACCCCAAACCCACAAGCUAUACACUCUAGGCGGGAAAAUAGCACCCUUUUGUACAUUUAGCAAUAAGAGGGAUCUCUUCCCACCUACCCCGAGCAUUCCAGCGCCCAUCUCCCACCCUGUUAAUGUGAGCAGUGCAUUAGCCUGACCACAGGUGGUCGCUUUGGGCUAAUGAAAAAUUCUCGACGGAGGGCAAAGCCCCCAACAGAUGCAUGAAUGUUUGCGAAUGUCGGCUGCCACUGCCCCAUACAUUGUGUCUUUAUAGAAACCCUCCCUUGGCCACCUCCCCUGCCAUCUCCACCUGGUACAACUUGCUCAAAGGCUGGUGAUUUGUGGGCCAUUCAUCUACAAGUCCUGAUGGAACAAGAGGCCCAAGCCUAGGGGAUGCAGGAAUGACCCAUUUUUAAAAUGUUAUUAGUCCCAACCAAUGUUUUGGUGAUAUUCCAGUUGAAUUUCCCAAUUGAAAACAAGCCAACAGACAUUCAGACUGGUCAUGUAAAUGUUGCUAGCCUGUUGUACAACUAAACAUUGCUGUUUGAACAAUAA